AAAUUGUGAAUGUGAGUGAAGAUAGUUCGACCAAUCAUCAAUAGGUGCUGACGGGAGACUGGUGUAAAUAUCAGCCCAGCAGCAGCCAGCCAGCACCAGGCAGUGGUGAUCAGCGUUAAAAAACUACUCGGUCAGUUACAGUUACAAACGGAGACGGCGAUCGCCCAGUAGGAUGAUAAAUCAAGGAUAGAAAUCGGCAUUCGGUGGAAAAUGGCAUCCGGCUCGGGCUCCGGGAGGCCCGGAGCGGCCGAUUCGAGCCACUCGGUCGACAGAUUGGUCCGAGUCGGCUACUAUGAGCUGGAGAAGACCAUCGGCAAGGGCAAUUUCGCCGUGGUGAAACUCGCCACUCAUGUGGUCACCAACACCAAAGUUGCCAUCAAAAUAAUUGACAAGACCAAGUUGGACGAGGAGAAUCUGAAGAAAAUAUUCAGAGAAAUCCAAAUUAUGAGCAAACUUCGACACCCUCACAUCAUACGCUUGUACCAAGUGAUGGAAACUGAGAAAAUGAUAUACCUGGUGACCGAGUUUGCAAGUGGAGGCGAAAUUUUUGACUUUUUGGUAAAUCAUGGAAAAAUGGCUGAACCUGAAGCUAGAAGAAUUUUCCACCAAAUUGUAGCUGCUGUUCACUAUUUGCACGAGAACCACGUUGUGCACCGAGAUUUGAAGGCAGAAAAUCUUCUGCUGGACUUGAGAAAUGAUAUCAAACUAGCUGACUUUGGCUUCAGUAACCACUUCCAUCCAGGCCAGAUGCUCACUACCUGGUGUGGAAGUCCACCAUAUGCAGCACCAGAGCUCUUUGAAGGCAAGCAGUAUGAUGGGCCAAAAGCUGAUAUUUGGAGUUUGGGAGUUGUUUUGUAUGUUCUGGUUUGUGGGGCACUUCCUUUUGAUGGCGAUACUCUACAAAACCUCAAGGCCAGAGUCAUCGACGGAAAAGUUCGAAUACCCUAUUUCAUGUCUAGUGAUUGCGAGCUUCUUGUUCUAAAUAUGUUGUCUGUGGACCCUGAAAGAAGACUGAGCCUCCCUCAGAUUUUAGAACACAAAUGGAUGAUCCAGGGAAUUCAUGAUCCGUGGAGAGAUAGACUUUUACUCACUUCAGAAUGGGCCUGGCAAAUGGCUGUAGUUGAUAGCCAGGAUCCACUGAAUUCUCUAGUUGUCGAACACAUGCUCCAACUUCCAGGACUCACCUCAGACCUAAUUAUUCAGAGUGUGAAGCAAAAGAAUUUUGAUCAUAUUAGUGCCAUAUACCAUUUGCUGGUUGAUAAGCUUGAGAAGCAGCAACGCCAUCACCUGAUGCACCAACAAACAUCCUUGUCUUCAAUUUCAACUCCAGUGGCACCACAGCCGCAACGCAAAGCCAGUAUUACUACAGGAGUUGUCGAUCGAAGUCCUGCAAGCGAGGAUGAUAGUUCUGGAGGAUCUCCCUUGGUUUCAAUGCCCCAUAUUCCUACAUCAUUACUACUUAACGAUUCUCAACUCUUAGAAAAAUUCACAGAUAUUGCCGAGGUUGACCCAGCAACUGCUGCCAAUAUUCAAACACAAAGUGCCAACCAAGGCGACAAAUACCUGGCAGUACGAAGGCACACUGUUGGACCUGGUGAUACUGUGCAUGAGCAUGUGCUUGAGGCACAUCUGAAGUUAGGGGCUAUUGACAACAUAUGCGCACCAACGCUUAGUAUGCUACCAAACACAAAUUUGCCACAAAACCUUCCCUUGGUGCAAAAUCAACCACCACAAAACUUCAGCAUUAAAGAUCAACAUUUACUGAAACCUCCAUCUGUCAUGGGCGCUUUUGGAAACUUUGGUCGCAGAGCAUCUGACGGCGGAGCCAAUUUGCAAAUUUUCUUCCAGCGUCAAGUUGAAGGAGCGUGGAGUCAGCCAGGAAGCCAAGAACAAUUGCCACAUCCCCUGCAACCAGGAAGUCCAACUGUGUCACAGAGGUCACAACCCUUACCAUCCCACAAUGGAGCUCAAGUUGAGCCAAGUGAUUUAUCAGCACCUAUUGGAUCAGGAGAAGAUUCUCCAGAUAUGUAUGCUGUUGCUCGAUACCUGCAAGUUCGAGGCAAUUCCAAGAGGCACACAGUCAACAUUCCAUUAGAUGAAGAUGCACAAGAGUCUCAACGCAAAAGUCGAGUGAGACGCACUGGACUUUCGACUGUGGCCGAGAGGCCACCAGAGAUAAGUAGAGAAGUCAUUAUGGAAGUCGAGGCACGCAUGAAAAGGCAGUACACUGUGCCAAACACAAUGCUGCCUCCACAAAUCCCAGCAACCAGAGUUAAGUCUUACCCAAGGACAAAGUGGAGUGGCCUAGCAACAGUCCAAGAAACCAACCGCCGAGACAGUUUUAAAGAAGUCAACACACUUCACCUUCCCUUAGAACGCUACAGCCCUGUUCGAAGAGCCAGUGAAGGUUGCACCUCCUCCUUGCAGUACCACCGAGCUACCUCAAGUCCUGGUACCUCGUGCAGCCCCCAGCCAUGCUUAGACGCAAGUGUCAAAGCUUUGCAGCUAGAAUGCUAUCAGCUGCAAAAAAAUAGUGGUUUGGCAGAUUCACAGAGCCAUGCUGAACAGCAAAUGCUCCACUUGAAGCACAUAGCAGACAAAAUGGCCUUGAGUUCACCACCUUCGCUGUCUCCGUCUUCUCCGUCCCCCGGUGCAUCUGUUCCCACUUCGCCUUCUCACCACGCUUACAGCCAGUCCUCUGACAAUAACGCUUACAUCACUCAAACUCUACAACGCCUCCAGCUCCAGCAGCAACAGCAGCCAAGAGGAGCCUCUCCAGGUCUUCCGGAGGACCCUUCAGUUGCGAUUUUGUCUCCUCGAAUAGCUGCACUCUGUUCAAGCCCCCAACACCAUCGAAGCUCCCCACCACCACCUGGCCUUAGUUGCAUAAAUGAAGAUGUGAUGGAACAUUCUCCUUCCAUGUUUCCAGGAUCUAGACCUCUCAACAAAAUCCUCUGCAACCCUCAAAUUUCAAUCACUGACGAACUGGGCGAAACGAUCCCAGGGAGUGACACCAGCACGCCCGAAGCUGUCGGUUAUACUGAAUUCUCAACCAUCCUUCCAUCGGUACUCAGCUCGUGCGACCCACAUCGUCCUUCGAUCACCCGAGGAAUCGGGAAAGUGCAACAGCCGCAGCUGAGCAAUAGUGACAGUUCCAACAACAACUCCAACGUUUUCAACAACAUGCACCACAAAAAUCACCAGGACGCUCGUUACAGACAGGAGGCUUUUGCCAAGACUGACUCCCUGAGACACAGUUUUCCACCUCCAAAUUCGCCUGCCCAGUUGUACCACACAGGAAGUGAUGACCUGAACACCUUUAGCCACACUUCGCCUAUAGAUCACCCCAUGGUCGAGUUGCAGAAAACCUCUUCGGGGUCUUUCGAGGUGACACUUUCGGAGAUUUGGUCGCAAGCCUGCGUGAAUGACAUUUUAAAAGGUAUUCGGGAUCAGUUGGUGGCCAGGGGUUCAGUGGUGGGCGAAACCCCGGAUAGAAGUGGCCUCGCACUUCAAGGGCCUGGGGGUGUGCAGGUUGAACUCACUGUGUCUGGUGAGGCAGACUCAAGAGGGCUCCGAGUGCGUAGAAUUUCUGGUGAUCAACUCCAGUACAACCAAUUAUGCCAUGAACUUUUUGCCUGCAUCAGGGUUUGAACUUUCAAGUGAGCACUGCUGUAUUAUUAGUUGUCACUUUCUUUGUUUCACUGUGGAAGUUGUAAUCUGGCUGUUUCAAGACAUUCCAGCAAAUUUAAAGCGUAAAAUUGCUUCUGUUUUAAGGAAAUUUAAAUUUUGACUAAAUUUCAGAGUGUAAGGGCAUUAAUGAUAAUGUGCCGUUGCUGAUAUAUCAUUUGAUGUUUAUUUUUCUCAAUGUUAGUGCGAUUAUUCUGUGAAUGGUGAUAACACACUAGUGAUUCUUACUCAUUCCAACAACUGUCGCUGGAAAAUCCAGUUUAUUUUUGUUGCUUUAUAGGAUCAGAAAAUCAUAAUUUGUGCAUUGCACCUGAAGUCAAUGCAUUUAAUUUGCAGGCAUUUUGCAGAUACAGCAAAGUAGAUGCCUAGCUUUAAUAAAUAAGUAAUGGGAAAAAGAGUACCUAGAGUUGAUGGUAAAAUUAUUAUUUCUAACUAAGUGAAUUACUAUGCUUAUUUUUGAGAUUUUAUAAAUGGACCCGUAAUAUGUAUGCAGAGGAAAAUCAAGUUCACGAGCACUAGUCAUAAUCAUAUAGGCUCGCUUAGAAUUUGCAAUUAUUCUUUCUAUCCACAUCCACAAAUGCGCGUGAAAUGUUUUUCUAUUAAGUGUUUUUCAAAGUUUGAUGAUAAAAACGAUUUCAUAUACUGACUGGGUUUGCCUCUAAUACAUUCCAAAAUUUGUAUUAAAAUGCAAAAAUGAGAAUUUUGAAAAGGUUGUGUGGUUUUUCUUUGAGAUCAGCUCUAAUCAAAAAAUAAAAUUAUAUUUUAUAUUUUGAAGCUUCGUUGCAGGGAAUGUUAAAUAUUGUCGUAUGACAUAAGAGUGUCUCUUAUGUGAGAAUGCAGAAAUGUACUUCUGGCUACAUUUUGUAAAAUUUUAUGCACAAUUCCAAAUAUAUUUUUAACUUGAAUCACUAAUAAAUGAACAUGUUUUUCUAACAUA